AUGAGGGAGCUCCUAGAGGCCUCCUCGCCGAUUUGUUCCAUCGCGGAGGAAGCCAUUAUGGCUUAUUUUACCUCAUCCUACUCGGCGAAGGUGGGCUGUGCCGUUGAGCCUCCCCCUGGCUGCAAGAUACCCGCUGCGGCUUCCCCGCCCCCGCUACUAGACCGGAUCGAGCCGAGGGAAGUAGCGAAGAUGCUCCGGAGAACCGCCAACACCGCUCCGGGCCCGGAUGGCGUUAAAUAUGGCAUCUGGCGCCGCCGUGACCCAUCUGGCCACGUGCUUUCCGCCAUUUUCAACAUCUGCCUGGCGGCCGGGCGCUUCCCACCGUCGUGGAAGGUAUCGUCCACGGUGCUGAUCCACAAGAAGGGGACCCCCGAUGAGAUAACCAACUGGCGGCCCAUCGCGCUGUCAGACACUGCGGGCAAGCUGUUCUGCAGUGUAUUGGCUCAUCGCCUUUCAUCGUGGAUGACUGAUCAUCGCCUCCUAUCCUGGGCGCAGAAGGGGUUCACUGCGUCCGAGGGCUGCUUGGAGCACAAUUUUGUGCUCCAGGAGCUUCUGGAUGAGGCACGACGACGGGGUGGGGAACUCUGUUUAGCAUGGCUCGACCUGGCUAAUGCCUUCGGGAGUGUCCCUCACUCGGCUGUUGUGGCGGCAUUGCGUAAAGCGGGUCACACGGAGGCUCAGCUGGCCCUAAUCAAAGAUCUUUACGGGGGGAGUGCUACGAUCAUCAGGCACUCUGGUGGGGUCACUCCAGCCAUCUCCUUCCAGGCUGGAGUCCGCCAGGGCUGUCCUCUGUCUCCGGUGCUCUUUAACCUCGUCAUGGAGUACCUAAUCCGCCCAGUACUCGCAUUGGAGGGGGAGCACGGUGUGUCGCUGCACGGGGAGCGGAUCAGCGUAUUGGCUUAUGCCGAUGAUCUGGCCAUUGUGGCUAGGUCGGAGGCCUCGCUCCAAGCCUUGCUGGACUCCGUUUCUUCGGCGGCGACCUGGGUUGGCCUCAGGUUCAAGCCUGAGAAGUGUGCGACACUUCAUGUCGCCGGCAGAACCGUGAGGCCGACCGCAUUCACCAUCUACGGCUCCCCCCUCCGCGUCCUUGAGGAUGGAGAUACUUAUGAUCACCUUGGUGUGCCCACUGGGAUGAGAGGUGACCAGACCCCAGUGGCCACCAUUGCCAGACUGGAAGAGGAGACCGCUAAAAUUUUUGCCAGUGGGCUCGCGCCAUGGCAGAAGUUGGACGCGGUCAGGACAUUCAUAGUCCCCCAGCUGGAUUUCAACCUCAGGACGGCGAGGAUCAGGAAGACCUCCCUAAAGGGGUUGGACUCUUUGAUGAGGGCGGAAGGCAAGAGGACACUCGGCCUCCCCUCGCGAGCCAGCGUGGAGCUGGUCGAGCUUCCACCAUCGUGGGGCGGCGCGGGUCUGCUCCCUAUCUCCGACCAAGCCGAUUUAGCCGCGGUAGGGCAUGCGUUCCGGCUCCUGACUUCACCUGACCCGAAAAUCUCCCGUCUUGCCCUGGAGGGCCUAGCCGUAUCUGCUGGGCAUCGCUAUGCUGCUCGGGUCGACGUUGGACAGCUCGUCAACUACCUCAACGGGGACGUGGCGGGGAACUCCAACGUCACCACCACCUUUUCUGCGGCCCGGACGGCAAGAAACCGCCUCUCCAAGCGCCUGCCUACGCUCCGGUGGGGGUGGAGUGAGGAGCGGCGGACAUUCCAACUGACGAUGCCUGGUGGGGGACGGCCAAUCACCGUGGACGGGAGGAGCCGGAGGUCCCUGGCGUCAGCGCUGCGGCGAGCUCUGCAGCUCCACGGCCGGGCUACCCUUGCCGCGAAGCCGGACCAAGGCAGGGUGGCUCGAGUCGUGACGACUUGCCCCACCUCCAAUCACAUGAUGCGCGGAGGCCGACACACCCGUUUCGCCGACUGGAGGUUUAUUCACCGGGCCUGGCUCAACACCUUGCACAUCUUGCCAUUGAACGGGUGUCGGAGGUGGGGUAAUGAAGACCGCCGUUGUAGAAGGUGUGGAAGACACGAUGAGACGACUGCCCACGUGCUAUGUCACUGCCUGCCUAUGAUGCCUGUCAUAACGAGAAGACACGAUGACAUCCUGGAACUACUGUCAUCGGAGAUCCGUGGGCACCCUCAGGAGAAGGAGACUCGCCUGGACAAGAGGGUGCCGUUCCAGGAGCUGGUACCAGACGUGGAGGUCCCGGAGGAGGUGACCAGCUGCCGACCGGACAUCGUGACGAUCGACCGGAGAAACAAGAUUGUACGUGUAGUCGACGUCACGGUGCCCUAUGAAGACGGUUGGCAGUCGGUGACGACGGCCAGGGAGAAGAAGAUGGAGAAGUAUGCUCCUGUGGCGCGACUGCUCUCGGCUGGGGGAUACCGGACAUCUGUAGACGCCUUCGUGGUGGGGUCCCUAGGUGCCUGGGAUUCCGCCAACUGGACUACCCUCAGCCGCCUGGGAGUUGACCGCCGCAGGGGUGCUGCCCUGGCCCGGCGCUGCGUCUCCGAGGCCAUCAAAUGGAGCCGGGAUAUCUACGUCGAACACGUGACGGGCAUCCGGCAGUACGUGGGAUAG